AUGAUCACGCGGGGAUACUUCCUGCUCUCCUUUCUGGCACUGGUGGUCCUGUUCGUCGGUUCGGUGCUCGGUUACACGUUCCGAGAGCGGAUCGCCCUCGGAUUGCAGGAUCGGAUGUACGAGAGCAUGGCGCUGUACGGCCGCCGUCGGCUGACGACCGUUUCGUGGGACAUGACCCAGGAAGAGUUACGGUGCUGUGGUGUCGAGGAUUACGGCGACUGGAACGAGCGGAUUCCGGACUCGUGCUGCAUGGACGAUUACGGUGCGAGGAAGCGACCCUGUCAGCAGCUGCAAACCUCGCUGACGAUCUACCGGACCGGAUGCUACGAGGCGAUCACGCAGGAGCUGCUGCGCAACGGUGCCCUGCUCGGGGCCGCGGUUCUGCUGCUCCUGGUGGCCAUGGUGCCGACGACGAUAAUGGCUUACUAUAUGCUAACCACGGUCUGA